AUGGCAGAAGAUCAAGUUAAAUAUGAAACUUUAAAGAAAGAGUCGAUAUAUCUGUUGGAAAGAAAGAACUUUAAAGGAGCAAUGCUCAAGGAGCAAGAUGCUCUAGGCCUUUCCUCUAAUCUAGAAAUUAAGAGAUUAUCUGCACUGACUGAAGUACAUUAUGCAGAGAGUAUGAGUAGCAUUGAUGUUGAAGAAAAUGAUAGAGUUUUCAGGAACUCUUACGGAAUUCUUGGAAUUGGGAUUGAUUCUUUUGAUCAGGAAACUUUGAAGAAAAAAUAUAGAGAUCUGGCGAAAUUAGUUCAUCUUGAUAAAAAUUCUUUAGAUGGUGUUGACAAAGCUACUAAGAUCGUAAUUGAAGCGUACAAGUGUUUGGAGAAUGAAGAAGAGAAAAGGAGGUAUGAUAAGGAAUGGAAAAAGAGGUAUGAGAAGGUAUGGAAGGAUCAGUUUAGGAGAAAAACUGAUAAAGGAGCUGGUGCUGCUGGUGAGCAUGCAGCUGGUGGUAGUACGAGUUUUGAAGCACCAACUGGUGGUGGUCGGCAUGCAGGUGUUGGUGGUGGGUCUGCUGGUGCUGGUGCACCUGAUAGUAAUACGAGUUUUGAAGCACCAACUGCUAGUGCAACAACAACGCAUGCGGGAGCUGACGUUGGUGGUGGGUCUUCUGCUGCUGGUGCAGCUGGUGGUAGUAUGAGUUUUGAAAUACCAACUGCUAGUGCAGUUAGUAAUGAGGCCAUGGAACCUAGGAGAAAUCUAAGGAAAAGGAAGAAUGCUGAUCAAAGUGGUCUUCAUGAUAAUGGUGGUGGAGGGUUUUCUAGUUUUGGUACUUCAACUCCUAGUGCAGGAAAAACUGAUGUCGUAGCUGGUGCAGUUGGUAGUGGUGGGCUUGCUGGUAAUGGUGAAGCAUCAGCUGAUGGUAGUACGAAGGAAAGUAGGAGUUGUCAAAGUUUUAAAGUACCUACUGCUAGUGUAGGAAAAACUGGUGGCGUAGCUGGUGGUGGGCCUGCCGGUGAUGAUGAAGCACCUGGCUGA